CCUCACUGAACUGGCUUUCUUUGCAGCCCCAGCCUUCGCGUUGGUCAAUGUCGAAGUGUGGCUUUGAUUGGAGACUCUAAAUUCGCCUUGAGACUUUUUCGACCUUCCUCAGCUCUGUCGUUUUCUUUUUAUUUUGGUAACCUCACCCGCGAAGCUAUAGUUUAUAUAUAUAUAUAUACCAAUAAAUAAAUAGCGCCAGUUUCUUAAAAAUGUCUUGGCAAAGCUAUGUGGAAAACCUGAUGGCCGAUGGCAGCUGUCAGGAUAGCGCCAUUGUUGGGUAUACAGACGCCAAAUAUGUUUGGGCAGCACAUGCCGGCGGUACAUUCAACAAUAUCACGCCGCAGGAAAUUGAUGUUCUCGUCGGUAAGGACAGAGAGUCUUUUUACACCAAUGGUCUCACUCUGGGCUCAAAGAAGUGUUCGGUCCUCAGAGACAGCCUCAACGACGACGCCGACUGGACAAUGGACAUCCGGACGAAGAGCCAGGGAGGAGAACCUACGUAUAAUAUUUCUGUAGGAAGAGCUGGAAAAGUUUUGGUUCUUGUAAUGGGCAAAGAAGGGGUCCAUGGAGGCGGCUUGAAUAAGAAGGCUUACUCGAUGGCAAAAUACUUGAGGGAUUCGGGUUUUUAAUGCUUUCAAGCUCACGUAGAUUAAAAAUUGAGGGACAAAGGAAAGGAAAAAAAAAAUAUUGCUGUUAAGAUUUCUCCUGCAAGCAGUCAAAUGUUUUGGAAACAUUUAAUAGCAGUGAAGAGCGACAAGAUCCCGUGUCACCUUUGUUCUCAUUCCUUCAUCCUGCAUGAAGGGGAGGCUCUUCUGUUUUGUUGAUUUCUUUUUUGUUCCCACCCCCUGUUUUUUUUUUUUUUUGCCAGUAUUGUUUUUAGUCAUGGGGAAGGAAAGUCCAUGGUGGACGUCUUAACAAGAGAGCAUAUAUACCUGAGGAAAUCUGGAUUCUAAGCCACCUCUCCGCCCAUUGGUCAAUUUAGCAGCUCACUCCCACUCACCAGGAUUAGGUGGCAAACAGUGUUACUUCCUCCCUAGUCUCCUGACUUAACCUCUCCUGACACUUUUUUCCCUUCCUUUAACCUUUUAUGAUUGUUACACUACAGUUAUAGUUUACUGAGAGGUUUAAGGGCAAAUGUGCAUAAAUAAAUGAAGGUGUAAAAUGAAGUUAGACUCUUCUAAAUGGCUUUUCUUCAUACUUUUCUGCCUUUCUCUUAAAGUUAGCUGAUCAGUUGUGAAAGACUUCCUCUUAAUUGCCCCCCCCUUUUUUUUUCUCCUUUUACCGUCCAUUAAUUAUUUUUUUUUUUUGCUAUAUUGUUCCUGAAUGUGGUCUUAAAGUAAAUGAUGUGGCGUUGGGCUUUUUGUUUCUUUUGAAUGUAACGUAAGGUCAGCAUUACACCGAUCUUUGUCACGCUUGAUCCCAUCUCUGACCGUCGACACGUGGCGGUCUUCUGCUUUAUCUACAUGUUUUGCUGUAAAAGCUACACCGUCGUAAGCUCGCCCUCCCAUGUGGACCAACCAUAAGAGAGGUACCUUUAGUUUUUUUUUCUUUCUUGGAGGUGAACGUUGGCUGCCUGGAAACCACCGAGACGGCUUCAGACUGUAAAACAUGUAACUGCUUCUUUAGACUUCCACACUAAAAUGUUUCCUCACUAACGGCUAUUGCUAACUUAAUGUGCAUUGAUUACUACAAAAGCAAUGUCAUUUUUUUACUACAACGUGAAUGCAUUUAGACUGUACACUGAGGCUGCUGGACUCCCCAUCACCUCGGGAUUGGUUUUGUUUCGUUUGCCUUGUGCUUUAGUCAUCGAAGUGUAUUCACAACUUGUCAUAGUAUGGUACCUAGAAAUAUAUUAAAACAAUGCUGUGUACACUAAACAUUGAAAAUGAUGUUGGUUGGAAUAAGAACAUUUGUAAGAUGUCUUGUGAUUUUUAUUUUUUUUUUUCUCCUGGGGAAAAAAAAAAACCUGUAUUGUGCCAUAAAAUCUAUUUCUGAUCUGACACUAAUACGAGUUGGAUUUGUAUCUGCUGCCCCGGCAAGAAAUAACUUCUAAUGGCACUUUCUUAAGGGAUAUUUUGGCAUUGGUAAUCUCCAGUCUUUGUGGGAUAUGUAAAGAAUAAAAGUAAUAAAAAAAGCAAAAUUGAAA